CCAACAGACUGCACAUCCACCACACCGACAUAACGAAACAGACUCCUAGGCAGUGGGGUGCGGGUCAGUUUCUCGAUCGUCGUUGCCGGUUAAUGGUGUGUGUCCUGUUUUUGACUAAAAAAAAAAGAAAAUUAUCUUCUCCUUAAUAUUUGUGCGUGAAAAAGUGAUUUUGUUUGUGAAAUCAAAUUUUUUAGUCAUUUUUUUUGAUAGAAGUUAGAGAGAAAAAGAGAAAAAGAAAGAGAGAGAGUUGCGCCUUGUUUAAAAGUGCACCGGUUUAUAUGAGUGCUACUAGUGUUUUCUUAGAGUUCACAAAUGUAAUUCUUCUUCUUCUUAUUUAAUUCCUGAUUUUGUGAGAAAUAAAAGUUGAAAAAAUCGAAAGGAAUUUUUUUUUUCUUUUUUUUUUGGUGAGAAAAUCUAUUUUUCCUUCUUGGAGAAUCCGAAAAAACGAUGGUUCAUACGUUCCAGGACGAAUGAUAUUCUCGCCGAUUGCAGAAAUAGGUUAAAUCCUGAGAAGAUGAUUCGUGAUUAUGUGCUAUUGUUAUCAUGGUUGUGCACAGUGCAAGGCGAAAUAGGAUACUUUUGGCAUAUUAGCGAUAUUCACUAUGAUCCCAAAUAUUCCCUUCAGGGCAAUUCAGACAACAGUUGUUGGAAGAUGAGAAAUAAUAUGGAUAGCGAGCACACGCGGUUAUAUAGAAAGUUAGCUGGCACAUUUGGUAGCUAUGGUUGUGAUUCGCCUUGGGCACUGAUAGAAUCUGCAGCGCAAGCUAUGAGAGAGAAGCACGGAAAAGGAAUCGAAUUUGUUCUGUGGACAGGAGACGCUUUAUCGCAUGGAGCGGGAAUGAGCGAGGAAUUGCGCUUACAAAGUCUCAAGAAUUUGACGGAUCUUCUGUCUCACACUUUCACUGAGCAAUUUGUGUUUCCAGUUCUAGGACACGAAGAUCUUGGUUUGAAUUUUACACAGCUUGCAAAUCUUUGGAAACAUUGGCUACCACAAGAGGCACUCAGUACCUUCAAGAAUACUGGAUUCUACACGAUCGAGCAAUGGAAGGAGAAUUACCGGCUCAUUUUUCUCAAUACAAAUUUAUGGUUGAAUGUUGGUUCAGUGAUCGAUAAUCGUGUACCACAACGUUCAACUACCAACACUGCUGCUACUGACAAUUCUAGUGACCCCCUUGGCCAAUGGGAAUGGUUUCAAUCUAUUCUUGAAGCGGCCCGAAAGAAAAAAGAAACCGUAUAUAUCGUUGGCCAUUCACCACCUGGAGUCGAUGAAAGGGAACAUGGUGCUGGUGGUUUAAAAGAAAAACACAAUACAAGAUAUUUGCAACUCGUUCGACAAUAUGCCGAUAUAAUUCGUGGACAAUUUUUUGGACAUUGGCAUUCGGAUACAUUUCGAGUUAUUUAUAGCGAUACAGGUUCGCCAGUAUCGUGGAUUAUGAUGGCACCAAGCAUCACUCCAUAUCGAGCUGGAGGACCAAAUAAUCCUGGACUUAGGCUUUACCAGUUUGAAAAGCAAUCAGGACAGGUAAUAGAUUACAAUCAGUAUUAUUUGAAUUUACCCCAAGCCAACUCAGUGAGAACUGCUUACUGGGAUAUCGAAUACUCAUUGCUCAAGCAUUAUGAGCUUAAGGAGAUAUCUGCCUUAACUCUUCACGAUUUGGCGGAUCGAUUUACGCAGUCCAAUGACAACGCUUUCGUCAGAUAUUAUGCUGCAAAUACAGUCUCAUUGCCGAGGGAUGUGGAGGAAAUAUGGGGGUGUGGCGGUGCAUUGAAUGGAGGUUGUGCAUUGCAACACUAUUGCUCGGUGACCCGUCUGGAUCCAGAUUCGUACAGCAAUUGCUUUCAAUCGUAUGCCUAUGCACUUUCAUCAACCUCAUCUCCAUCAAUUAAAAUUGAUCUUGUCAUUCUAUAUCAACUUUUGGCUAUACUUCUUACGACAUUGCUACAAUGUCGGUAGGGAAAAAGACUAUACAUUUAUAAUAAUAAUAAUAAUAAUAAUAAUAAUAAUAAUAAUAAUAAUAAUAAUAAUAAUAGAGGACUGUAAGUUUUUUCUAUAUAAAAAAAAAACAAACGAAAAAAAAAAAACCGGCGGAUCCAAGCCUCUUAACUCAAGUGCAUAUAUAGAGGAACAGAAUUCAAUAGUAUAUGUGACGAUAUAUAUAUAUAUAGCUAUUGAAUAUGCGAUCUCUUAUAUAUAUAUAGAAAAAUAGCAACGUAUGUUCGAUAACAUCGACAUAUAUUGCACGGAAAUUUAUUUUUUAGUGCGGACGCAGCAAUUCUUUCAAGUACACUAAAAAACAAACUCUACUUUUUUUUUUUUUUGAAAAAAAUAUUUUUCUUUUGGAAA